ACCGCUGAGGAGUUGGGCCAGAGUGCCCGCUAGUAUCUAUAAUCUACUUUCUUGGCUGCCGCUUCCACUUUUAACUUCUGAGUCUCUGUUCGCAACUUCAACUGGUGAUAACAAUGGCGGGGGGACAAGCGGACAGAGAAGACAAGGUCUCGUUGGAGCUCACUGAAGAAAUCCUUCAGAGCAUGGAAGUCGGCAUGAUCUUUCGCGACUAUAAUGGUAGAAUCAGCUCAAUGGAUUUUCACAGGACAUCUAGCUUUUUGGUGACAGCUAGUGAUGAUGAAUCUAUUCGCCUUUAUGAUGUUGCCAAUGCCAUGUGUUUGAAGACGAUUAACAGCAAAAAGUAUGGGGUUGACCUAGUUUCCUUUACUUCUCAUCCCACAACAAUUAUAUACUCCUCUAAGAAUGGUUGGGAUGAAUCACUGAGGCUCCUCUCAUUGCAUGACAACAAGUACUUGCGAUACUUCAAGGGUCACCAUGAUAGGUACCAUUUUAACAAUCAUUGGAUUUGUUUUGCCUCCUACUUACUGCUUCUGAACUGCAAAAAUUAUAUGGCAGAAACAUUUUCUGUUUUUGGUUUUGAUAGGGUUGUCUCCCUUAGCUUGUGCUCUCAAAAAGAGUACUUUAUCUCAGGUUCUCUUGAUAGAACAGUUCUGCUUUGGGAUCAGAGAGCUGAGAAGUGUCAGGGUCUCUUACGUGUACAAGGUAGGCCUGCAACUGCUUAUGAUGAUCAAGGGCUUGUCUUUGCAAUUGCUUUUGGUGGAUGCAUAAGGAUGUUUGAUACUCGAAAGUAUGAAAAGGGUCCUUUUGAUAUAUUCUCUGUUGGGGGAGAUAUUUCCGAUGCAAAUGUUGUCAAAUUCAGUAAUGAUGGGAGGCUUAUGCUUCUGACUACUGCUGAUGGACAUAUUCAUGUUCAUGAAUCAUUCCGUGGAACACUUUUAUCCACAUUCAACGUGAAGCCAGUUUUAAGUCAGUCCACCUUGGAGGCAUCUUUCAGCCCUGAGGGAAUGUUUGUUAUAUCAGGUUCAGGUGAUGGCAGUGUGUAUGCCUGGAGUGUUCGAAGUGGCAAAGAAGUUGCAAGUUGGUUGAGUACUGAAACAGAACCACCAGUCAUAAAGUGGGCUUCAGGAAGCCUAAUGUUUGUCACUGGUUCUUCUGAAUUAUCUUUCUGGAUUCCUGACUUAUCUAAAUUGGGAGCUUAUGUUGGAAGAAAAUAAAAUUUCCAUUUGGCAUGUGUUCAUGUCUUUUUAUUAAGCAGCAGUCAGAGUUGCAUUUCAAGAACAGCUGAAGGACGGAUGGUAGCGCGUGUACUCCUUUCUGUAUCAUAAUUUAUACUUUAUGAAGGUAAUCUGUAUUUCAGGUACCAAAAUGUUAUUUACAUAGCUUGAGAUAUGUUAUCAGACUGUUUAUCGAUUGUACAGUGCUUCAUAAUGAAGAUUGGUCCGUGAUUUUCUUCCUAUAUCAACAAAUAUCACGAUAGUUCUCAUUUAAUUAAUUUGAACUAUGGAGAUUCACCUGAUCUACAAAUUCUCUCCAGUACUUCUGAUCUAUUGUAGCUAAAAUUAAAUGAAGUUUGCUUUGUCACCUAUGGUUCCAAUGUAAAGGAAAAACAAAUAAGAAAAAAUAGCCUAUCCGUGGAUGAAGAUCUAGCCCUGGCACACGAAGAUAUUGAGUUUUGAGGUGCCUAGAUAUUGGUAGGGUCCUCAUAAAUAAAUGAACUCAAAAUACAGUUAAUUCAGAGUGAUAUUUACUACAAUAGCUUCUGUGAUGAUCUGCUCAAAGUAUGGGCAUCCGUUUUAGGUCUUAGAGAAUCAUGGUGUGACAUAUUAUUGAUAUAUCAUAUCAAAUUACAGCCAACUUAGAGAAUAAGCUUGGCAACAAAAGCUUGCAACCAGGAAACUCCUUGACGUAUGGCUUAAUUAUCUUGGUCCAAAUGAUUCCUUGGUGUGAACGACUAAUGUGGAAGGAUGCUGCUAAUUUCUUCUUGCCAGUCUUGUUGUCUUUGCUGCAGAGCUUCAGAUGCAUAUCUGUUGACUAAUUUCCUGGAAUUGCUUUUCUUAGCCCUCUUACUCCUUAUAAAGUCUACUUUUACCAGCAGCAGAGAACUUUCUGGGCAAUUGCAGCUGGACGUGGGAACUCUUCUUUAACUUAAUACCAUGAAUUUGGAGUAUAAACAGAAGUCUAAUUGACUUCUAUGGUGAACAUUUCUCGACCAAGUUUGGAGAUGAUGCAUUUGGACAUCUAAGCUUAAAUUGAUUGGAGUUCCAAUCCUUGUUGCUUGAUUCAGUGGAUACCCUCAUGAAAUGCUUGUGCUGCUGGCCUGCUUCGUUACUUGGAAUAAGAUUAAGGAUCUUUAGUUAUAUGCUUCAAAUAGGGUAAACUUCAGAUUAUUAGCCUUGUUCUUAGCAGUUCAUAUUUAUGGCUAUUGAUGGCAUAUAUCUAUUGUCAUCUAAAUGUAGCUGCCAAACAUAUUUGUUACUGUUUUCUAACUCAGUUUCCUAUUACCUGCCGUCAGAGGUUCUCGUCCACCCUGUUUCUUCCAACGAGAUUUGUAUUUCAGGUAUUUGCACCAUUAUUUUGGAUGUUUGUUGGUUCAACUGUGCUGUCAUAUCACCUGGUUGAUCUAGCAAUCGCACAUCCUUUUAAGUUGGCUUCCCAUAAAUUGCUUUUAAAAAUUGAUUAGCGUUCUUGGAACUAUCUAGCUAUAGUAUAAAAUGCUCAAGAAUUGAAGGUCCUUGGCUAGUGGUGACUACAAAAAUUACAUAUUUAGUGUUACUCCCACCAGGUGAGAUUAGCUCGAUAGAUUCCGGCUCAUUAUUCAUUUUUAUACAUGAUUUUAUCCUUUACAAGAUCUUUAUAUUUAGGGUGAAAAAUAAAUAAAAAAAUAGAACCAAAAAAAAAAAAAA